AUGAGGAAGAAGUACUAUAACAUGGUGGAAGACAUGAAAGGUAAAAUUCGAGUGUUUUGUCGGAUUCGUCCGUUGAGCCGGAGCGAGGCCGCGCAGGGCGGAGCCGUCGCCGUGGAGAAAAUAGAUGAUUACUCCGUCGCCGUGGAAACACCUCGAGGGCCGAGGGAGUUUCAGUUUGACAAAGUGUUCGUGGCCGAAGCCUCGCAGGAACAGCUGUUCCAGGACACCAACAGGCUGAUCCAGUCGGCUAUCGAUGGGUACAACGUCUGUAUCUUUGCGUACGGCCAGACGGGCUCGGGGAAAACCUUCACCAUGGUGGGGGACAAGGAGCAGAAGAACCCCGGCAUCAUGCCCAGAUCUUUCAACGCCAUCUUCGACAUCAUACGGGACAGCAGCAGCAAGUUCCUCUUUAAGGUGUCGGCCUACAUGUUGGAGCUGUACAACGACCAGCUGCAGGACCUCUUGGCGCCGCUGGCUGCGGACUCCACGGUGCUUCCCGGCGCGGCGCGGCGGGUGGAGAUCAAGAGGAACAGGAAGGGCGUUGUGUUCGCUCAGGGAGCCGAGACUAAAGAGGCGUCCAGCGCUCAGGAGCUGUACGCCCUGUUCCAGCAAGCCGGCGCCAACCGGCACAUCUCCGCCACCAAGAUGAACGUGGAGAGUUCCCGCUCCCAUCUCAUCGUUUGCAUCAUGGUGGAGAGCCGAAAUCUGACCAACGGCAGCGUGACCACCGGGAAGCUGAGCCUGGUGGACCUGGCCGGCAGCGAGAGAGCCGCCAAGACCGGCGCCAAGGACCACCAGCUAAAGGAGGCUAACUCCAUCAACAAGUCUCUGAGUGCUCUAGGAAAUGUGAUUUCAGCGUUGUCUGCAGAGCUGCCACACGUACCGUACAGGAACAGCAAGCUCACACAGGUGAUGCAGGACUCACUCGGAGGAAACGCCAAAACCCUCAUGAUCGUCAACAUCUCUCCUUCAGAAUGCAACCUCGACGAGACGCUCACUUCUCUCGUGUACGCAACCAGAGUGAAGGCCAUAACCAACCAUGCUCAGAGACAUGUGGAGAGCAAAGAGAUUGCCCAGCUGAAAGAGGUGAUCCAGAGGCUGAGGUCGGGGCAGAGCGUGGAAGAGGAGGAAGUUUGAACUCUAC